GUUAAUUGGAAUAAUGUGAUCAAGAGUAUUUUAGCAAAAAAUAAGCAAACAAAUAAAAGAAAUAAAGGAAAAGGAUAAAAAAAGAAGAGGGUGGUGGGAUCCGGUUCGACCACGGUGGCCUUGGUAGGCCCGGCGGAGUAAACAGGACAAAAGCUUUGUCCCGCAAUCUCCACAAAACAAACCACUCUGACUCUCCCUCCAUUUUUCCUUCCUCGGCAAUCCCACCUCUCUUUCCUCGCUUCUUCUUCUUCUUCUUCUUCUUUAUACCUACCCUUUCCCUCUGUCUCUCCAAACUUACGUUCCCAUGUAAUCAUUCUAUUUCUCAUAUCUGUCAAACAUAUACCAAAAGAAUUAUGAUAAAAUAAUAGAAAUUCUGUAACAAAAAAACAAUAACAAAACAAAACAAUCCAUUAACAUGAUUUGAUAGCAUCUCCAAUAUGGUGUUCGGAAUCAAGGAAGGUAAAGGAGAGGAGAGGGAUGUAGAGAAGGAAAUGAAACAGUCAUGUCGGUCUAGCCCUAAUCGUCUUAACCUUCUUUCGGAAGCAUCAUCAUCAUCAUUUCCUUCUCCUGUAAGAUCAUCGCCCAUUUCCACGCCAAGGGCUGCCACUCUGGUGCUUUCUAAUUCUGGCAAGGCUCUGCUUGUUUCCAAUUCUAGUAAGUCUCUACUGUCAAAUUCUGGAAAGCGGUUUGAUAAAAAGAAGUAUGUGAAGCAAGUUACUGGCCGCCAUAACGACACAGAGCUCCACUUGGCUGCACAGCAUGGGGAUUUGGUUGCUGUUAAGCAAAUUCUUGCUGAAAUCGAUGCCCAGAUGAUGGGAACACUUAGUGCUGCUGAUUUUGAUGCUGGGGUGGCAGAAAUAAGGUCUGCAGUGGUGAAUGAGGUGAACGAGUUGGGAGAAACAGCGCUGUUCACGGCAGCUGAGAAAGGGCAUUUGGGGGUUGUGAAGGAGCUGUUGAAGUAUACCACUAAGGAAGCCCUUUCAUUAAAGAAUCGGUCUGGGUUUGAUGCUUUCCACAUUGCUGCCAGUCAAGGUCAUCAAGCCAUCAUCCAGGUACUAUUAGAGCAUGAACCUUUGCUGAGCAAAACGGUUGGCCAAUCAAAUGCAACCCCUCUUAUAUCUGCUGCUACAAGGGGGCAUACUGCAGUAGUUCAGGAGUUGCUGACCAAAGAUUCUAGUUUGCUAGAGAUAUCUAGAUCUAAUGGAAAAAAUGCAUUGCAUCUAGCAGCUCGUCAAGGGCAUGUUGAGAUUGUGAAAGAGUUGCUCAGCAAGGAUCCACAAUUGGCUCGCAGGACUGAUAAGAAAGGGCAGACUGCGUUGCAUAUGGCCGUCAAAGGGGUGAGCUGUGCAGCAGUUGAGCUGCUUCUUCAGGCAGAUGCAGCAAUUGUCAUGCUACCGGACAAGUUUGGCAAUACAGCAUUACAUGUAGCCACUAGAAAGAAACGGGUAGAGAUAGUGAAUGAACUAUUGCUUCUUCCUGAUACCAACGUGAAUGCAUUAACAAGGGACCAUAAAACAGCUCUUGAUAUAGCUGAGGGACUCCCCUUUUCUGAAGAUGUCUUUGAGAUGAAGGAAUGUUUGACUCGUUAUGGUGCUGUCAAAGCAAAUGAACUGAACCAGCCACGAGAUGAACUUCGGAAAACUGUGACACAGAUAAAGAAAGAUGUCCACUCUCAGCUCGAACAGACCCGAAAAACCAACAGAAAUGUGAAUGGGAUUGCUAAGGAGCUUCGUAGGCUUCAUAGGGAAGGCAUCAAUAAUGCCACCAACUCAGUCACAGUGGUAGCUGUAUUGUUUGCAACAGUUGCAUUUGCUGCUAUUUUCACAGUUCCUGGUGGUGAUGACAAUAAUGGGAUGGCAGUAAUGGUGAAGAGUCCAUCGUUUAAGAUAUUCUUCAUCUUCAAUGCUAUUGCUUUAUUCACAUCAUUGGCAGUUGUGGUGGUACAAAUCACAGUUGUUAGAGGGGAGACGAAAUCAGAAAGGCGUGUUAUAGAGGUGAUCAACAAGUUAAUGUGGCUGGCAUCUGUUUGCACUACAGUGGCAUUUAUUUCAUCAUCUUACAUAGUAGUUGGUAGGCAUAACAGAUGGGCUGCAAUUCUUGUUACAGUUGUCGGGGGAGUUAUAAUGGCGGGAGUUCUUACUGCCAUGACUUAUUAUGUAAUGAAGUCGAGAAGGAAACGCAAAGUGAGGAAGAAAGAGAAGUACUCUCGCAGUGCCGGCUCGUGGCAUGUAUCGGAGUCCGAGUCUGAAGUGAACACAAUAUAUGCCAUUUGAUGUUCAAUUCUGGCUCUUCUCUUCCUAGAACCCAGAGAUGUGAGCAGUUUGUACUGUAAGAUGAUUUGUUGUGCAUACAACUUUUUGGUUCUUUUUUAUGGUGAAGUAACAAAGCAAGCAAAAAGAUUGAAGUGAACCAAUGUUUCAGCUUAUUGAGGAUGAUUUGUUUGUGCAUAGACAUGAAUGAACAUAUUUGAUUUGAUCA